AUGCUCGACAUAGGCGGAUUCUUGGGCGUCUUUCAUGGCGGCAACGGCAACAUCCCCACGCUGGAUGGGCAUGCUGUGCUCAACGAGCCAUCUCCUGGUGGGACUGGGGCUGAGGGCACGGGCUCGGACGAUUCUUCCUACUGCCCCUCCUCUCCGCCUUUCUCGGGCUCUCCCUGGGUGGUCCCAGCGCCCUCACAUUGGUAUGCCAACAGCACGGGCGUGGAAAUGAAUGUCUCCAAGGAGCUUGCAGUCGCACCCACAGUCGUCUUCACUAGCGACAAGGUAGCUCAGGCUGAGGAGGCUCCCCCCCGUCCGGCGAAGGAAAAUGGCCAAGAAUUUUCGAUCCCUAUUGGACUCGGAUCGAUCCGCUGCAAGGGCACCGGUGCAGAGCUGAAGAUGUUUGAGGAUUUCGCGACCAAGUUCUUCCAAGGCAGCCAGAAUCAGAAGGAGGUGAAAGGCAACGGGGUCAAACCCUCGCCUGGCCAUCUGGUGCUCUGCGGGAAUGCCCUUGCACUUGGAGCUCUCACUGCCGUGUGGAAUUGGAGUGGGAAGAAGCUGAGUGGUGAGUUCGAGGAGGACAAUCAACUGGCAGAUGACUUCGCAUCUGUGUCCUCGGAUGCUGCCAACUCGGUGAGUCCAAUCGGAGGUUACAUGCUACGCCAGCAUGUUUUUGCGACCAAGGAGUCUGCGUAA